AUGCAAUUCAAGAACAUCAUCUCAGGCGCAGCAGUGCUGCUUGCCUCUGCUCCCGCUGUCAUGGCUUUGGGAUCUGCCACGGUCGUCAACAAUUGUGGAUACCCUAUCUACUUUGCUUCUGUCGGCCAAAGCCAACACGCCAACAUGCAACCUCUCCAAGGAAGCUACUCUGAGGGAUACUCUCAACAAGGUGUUGGUAUCUCGAUCAAGUUGGCUCCCAAUAACACCGUUGGCGGACCCGUGUCGCAAUUCGAAUUCACCUGGGCUAAUGGCAAGAUCGCUUAUGACCUCUCCAACAUCGAUGGCUAUCCUUUCUCGGCUGGUGGUAUGCAAGUUGUCCCAUCCACACAGGGUGACUCGUCCAACCCAACAUGUGUUCCGGUUGACUGCCCUGCCGGCCAAUCCGUCUGCACUGCUGCCUACAACGCCCCAGAUGAUGUCCGAACCAUGGUCUGUGACGAGAACACCAGCCUCACUCUUACCAUGUGCCCCGGUGGAAGUGCCAAGCGAAGCGUCGAAGUCAGGGAACACAUCCGAUACCGUGUCCAUGCUCGCCACUUCACUGUCGAGCAAUAA